ACUACUAUUCUAAUCCAAUAUUAUAUUCCAUAAAACUAUAUAUAAAACUCAUUCCUUCUCCUUCCAACACUCAAAACAAAUUACAAACAUCCUUCUUUUCUUUCUUCAACACUAUUCAUUCCAACGGAAUCGAAUUAGGGUUUCUUCAUGGGAAAUUACGUUUCAUGCACUUUAGCACCACCAUUGAUGAGGAACGCCAAAGCUACAAGAGUAAUCCUUCCAACCGGAGAAGUCAAGCAAUUUAGAGAAAUCAUGAAAGCUGCGGAGCUUAUGUUAGAGAAUCCAAACUAUUUCUUAGUCAAUUCUCGUUCUCUUCGCAUUUCUACAAGAUUCUCUCCUCUUGUUGCAGACGAAGAACUGGAAUUCGGAAGUGUUUAUAUAUUCUUUCCAAUGAGAAGACUCAACUCUGUCGUUACGGGGGCUGACAUGGCGGUGCUCUUUCUGGCGGCAAAUUCUGCUGCGAAACGGUUACGUGCCGGAAAGACACGUGUCCAACCGGACGAGAGUUCGCGUGGUGGUGUUAAUAAUGAUGAAAACGACUGUGUUCCGAGAUUGAGUUUAGAAGGAGUAGAGUCAGGAUUUAGUUAUAGAUUAAGUUAUUGUAGAUCAAAGAAACCUAUUCUGGACACUAUCAAUGAAGAACCAAUUACCUCAAGAUGAAGGAAUUAAUCCGGCGCGUCCUUAUCUACACACGAUGAAGUUGACAAGACCAGAAACGUAAAUCACCUGCCAAAACUAAUGUUAACUGAAAAUUUCAAUGCUACAAGUAAAACAAGACAGUACCCAGUAAGGAGGAAAUCAAACGAUUGAGGAGAAAAAGUGAAUCACAAAUAAUUCCCUAAAGAACUUGAAGCGAUAAAAAAUGAUAAUAUUAGGGGAUAUUUUAUGAGUGUCAUGUCAACAUGCUAGGGACAAAAAAAAAACAAAGGGAAACUCUUAGUGUUGAGUGAGUGAGAGAUUGGUUGCUAAGCAAAAUGGUAGAAAUUGUAUAUGCUCUGUAUAUGCGGAAAUGUGACAAAAGAUUUUAUUUAUAUUAAA